AUGUCUGCUCAACCUGGCUUCAAUAUUAGUUCCUCCAUGUUCCUCCUCACAGGCUUCCCUGGCCUGGAACAUUUGUAUAUGUGGAUUGCUAUUCCCUUCUCCUCCAUUUAUGCCAUGGUUCUCCUUGGGAAUUGCAUGAUUCUCCAUGUGAUCCGGACUGAACAGAGUCUGCAUGAGCCCAUGUUCUACUUCCUAGCUAUGCUGGCCCUCACCGACUUAUGCAUGGGGAUUUCCACUGUGCACACAGUCCUGGGGAUCCUGUGGGGGUUCAGUGACAAGAUCAGUUUGGAUGCCUGUAUUGGCCAGUCUUUCUUCAUUCAUGGUCUUUCCUUUAUGGAAUCUUCUGUCCUACUCACCAUGUCCUUCGAUCGUUACAUUGCAAUCUGCAACCCACUACGCUACUCCUCUAUCCUGACUGAUGCCAGGAUAAUCAAGAUUGGGAUAGCCAUUAUAAUUAGGAGCUUCUUAUUUAUCACUCCUGUUAUCAUCCGCCUAAAAAUUUUCAAUUACUGCCGGCCCCAUGUUCUCUCUCAUUCCUUCUGUCUCCAUCAGGAUCUCCUCAGGCUGACCUGCUCUGACAUUCGCUUUAACAGCUUCUAUGCAUUGGGGCUAGUCAUUUGUACAUUAAUGUUAGACUCUGUCCUCAUCCUCAUCUCCUAUGUUCUAAUCCUGAAAUCUGUCUUAGCAAUUGCAUCUCGGGGUGAAAGACUCAAAUCUUUUCAGACUUGUAUCUCUCAUAUCUGUGCUGUCCUUGUCUUUUAUAUUCCCAUCAUCAGUCUAACUAUGGUACACCGUUUUGGCAAGCACCUCUCCCCUAUAGUGCAUGUCCUUAUGGGCAAUAUUUAUAUUCUUUUUCCACCCUUGAUGAACCCAAUUAUCUACAGCGUCAAGACCCAACAGAUCCGAAGCAGGAUACAGAGACUCUUCCCAAGACAAAGGAACUGA